AUGGCAAGUAAAAGAAAAGUACUGUGUGUUGAUCAAAAAGUCGCUUUAAUAAGUGCGAUUGAAAAAGGUGAAAAAAAAAGUGAUGUUGGGAAACGUUUUGGAUUCAGCCCAUCUACUGUCGCUACUAUCUGGAAGAAUAAGGAUAAAAUAUUGCAUGCUGAAACAGAAGGAAGUUCUUGUAACAAAAUAAGGAAACCGAAAUUUGAAGACUUGGACCAGGCCAUGUUAACAUGGUUCCAUAAACAACGUUGUAAUAAUGUACCUAUAUCUGGGCCUGUUUUUAAAACUAAAGCUGAACAUUUUGCUCAACAACUUGGUAUUAUAGAUUUCAAGGCCUCGGAAGGAUGGCUUGGAAAAUUUAAACAACGUCACAAUAUUACCUAUGGGAAAAUAAGCGGAGAAGCACUAAAUGUCGACUUGAAUGUUACUAACAGCUGGUUAAUUAAUGUGUGGCCAAAAUUGAAUGAAAAGUACACUCCGGAUAAUAUUUUUAAUGCUGAUGAGACAGGUAUUUUUUACAAAAUGACCCCAGAUAAAACAUUAAAAUUCAAAGGGGAAAAAUGCGUGGGAGGUAAACUUUCUAAAGAACGUAUCACUGCGUUUGUAGCAGCCAAUAUGAGUGGCACUGAAAAAAGAAAGAUUAUGGUAAUAGGCAAAUCAAAAAACCCGCGAUGUUUUAAAAAUAUUAAACGGUUGCCAGUCACUUAUAAAGCAAAUAAGUCAGCGUGGAUGACAUCAAUACUUUUUGAAGAAGAAAUAAGAAAAUGGGAUGCAGAAUUAAAGGGGCGAAAAUUUUGUUACUCGUGGAUAAUUGUCCUGCUCAUCCCAAUCUAUCUAAUCUUAUGA